AUGAAAGGAGACACGGACGGAGAUAUCGUUAGCUCAGCUUAUCAGCGUCCUCAUUACACUCACGCAGAUGAAGCGGCCAUUGCAACCGAUGAGCUGCUACAGGACCAAGAAACGGCAAAGCACCUCAAGAGUGGGACGAGAAAACUCGACUGGAUGGUCGUUCCCGCCUUGCUGUUGAUGUGGCUUGCAAAUUUCGUCGAUCGUAGUAAUGCAGGGAAUGCACGUAUUGCAGGCCUGGAGACCGACUUGAAGCUAAUGGGAAGGCAGUUCAACGAGGCUCUCGCCAUCUUCUACGUCAGUUACAUCCUGGUCGAGAUUCCAAGCAACCUCGUGCUCAAGAAGGUCGGCGGCAACAUUUGGCUGCCUGCUAUCACACUGCUGUGGGGCAUGUUGACUUGCUGUAUGGCGGCAGUCCACACAUUUUCGGGUUUCCUUGCAGUCCGCUUCUUUCUCGGUGCUGCUGAGGGGGGGCUACUCGGAGGUAUCAGCCUCUACUUAUCUGGUAUCUACCCACGCUUCUCAAUUCAGCAGCGUAUUGCUCGCUUCUACAGCGCUGCUGCCGUUGCAGGAAGCUUUGGCGGCUUGCUUGCUAGCGGUCUGACGACUCUCAAUACGUCCGGCAUUCGAGGAUGGAGGUGGUUGUACAUCGUUGAAGGCGUGAUCACGAUGGGCUUCGCUCUCUUUGCCGUAUCCAUUAUGCCACGGUCGGUAGCCAAAGCACGGUUUCUCAACGAGGACGAGCGAAAAGCUUGUCUCGAAGCUUUGAAGAGGGACAGCUCAACGCACACCCGAACCGUCAUAAACACUACCAGAUCUAACGACGGCAGCGAGAAGAUGGGGCAGGCGGAAGCACUAGAGCUUAAGGUCGACGAUGAAGCAUUCGACUGGUACGAAGUCAAGAGAGGAAUGACGGACGUCCAAACCUGGCUUACCGGCAUUCUUUAUCUUUGCGUCUGCACCUCGCUAUAUUCCAUCACUCUCUUUCUGCCCACCAUCCUCGUCGGCAUCUUCCCAGACGCCAGUCAGACUCGAGUCCAGCUCCUUACCGUGCCGCCGUUUGUGCCAGCUGCCGUGCUCGUCCUAGUCGUCGCCUACUUCUCCGACAAGACAAAGAUGCGUGGCCCGUACAUCCUCGCCUUCCUGCCCAUCACUAUCGUCGGCUACAUAAUCCUCAUCGCGACGAGGAACAACAAAGCUCGAUAUGCCGCCGUAUUUCUCAUUUGCGCUGGAAUCUAUCCCUCCAUACCCUCGAUUCUCACCCUCAUAGCCAAUAACAGCGCGGGUCACUACAAGCGAGCCACAGCAACGGCCAUGCAGCUCGUCAUUGCCAAUAACGCCGGUUUCAUCGCUACGUUCAUUUAUGACAAAAAGUUUGGCGGAGAGCGCGGGUACGUGCUUCCUCACUCAGUCGUCUUAGGCUGCCUCUGCUUGGGAUGGAUCUGUAUCGCCCUCAACGUGGCGUACUGCUACCAUGAAAAUGCUGCGCGCAAAGCGGGCAGGCGCGAGGGUAACAUUGCAGCCUACCAGGAACUGGUCCGACAGGGAAAGACAAAGGCUCCCAUCGGCGAUCGUCAUCCGGAUUUCAGAUUUUCACUGUAG